GGUCUGUUGUCUGUUGUCUGUCGUCAGUUGUAAGAGUAGAACCUAAUUGAGUCGAUGUCGCGUUCAGGUGCAGCCCUUGGAAAUGGCGUUCUUAAUACUGACACGACUGACAACCUUCUGUACACAGUUAUCCAAUUUCAUUAAAACCAACUCACCCUUUGUGAUUGAGGCUCUGAUGGUGUGUCUGUGCUUUGGCUCCAUAAUAAGCAGAUAUUUUUUGCUGACCUAGUGACAGAAUAAAUAAAUACUUAAAAUGUAAAUAAUAAAAGACGAAUUCGACAAA